AUGAAUGUACGAAGAUUAUGUUUUGUGCAUAUAUUGUUCAUAAUCCUUUUGAGAAGCCAUUCUUGCAAAUUAUGUUAUAUACCUAAUCCAGUUUUAAAAAAAAAAAAAAUAUCUUCCAAAAUUCUGAAUUACUUUAUGGAAUUAAUUAGUACUAAAAAUGUGAGAACGUGUUCCCAAAAAAAAAAAAAAAAAAAAUAUUUUAAUACAUCAAAUUUCAACAGGUUAAUGUUAAAUGAUGAUAAGACCUAUACAAACUUUUUAAAAACUGAACGAGUUGUUAUGAAUGAUAAGGAUGAUGCUGCUAUCAUUGGCAUGUUCAAUUACAUAUCUCAAUGUAUUGAUAAAAGUGGGAGUAAAGAUAAUAAUGGGGAGAUAAAAAGCAUGAUAAAAAAAAUUAAUGAUAUCACAAAUAUAAUAUUUAUUGAAGUAAAAGGUGUUGUUAAAAAAUACCCAUUCUUUAAGUAUCAAAUUGGUGUCAAUAAUAUACCUAAUAGACAAGUGGAAAAUAGGGAAUUGGGAAUAACCAGAUUAUGCCAUAAUUUGUUAUUCCCUAACACAUGGAAAUACUAUGCUGUAAGGUUGUAUAUGUAUAAUGUGUACUUAGCAAUAAUUCGUAUAAUUGAAAAUACACUAGGUAACAAAAUAUUUUAUGUAGAUAUGAAAGAAGAGCUGACAAAAAGAAAGGAUAUAAUUAUUAAUAUGCUGUAUGAUAUUUACAGAGUUAAACAUGUAGAUAGUACGUAUAAGGAUAGUUACAAUAACAUGUGUAAUGAUAGACAUAACAGUAAUGCUCAUUGCGAUAGGAAGCCUAUUCGCAUCUUAUACAUUGGAAGUAACGAAUUCAGCGCUAUGUGCCUUAAAAUAAUUUUAUUAAUAAUAAAGACAAUUAGAAAUGAUAUAAAAGUAGAGGAUAUUAUUACGAAAAGCCCAAGAAGAAAGGGAAGAAAUUUACAUGUGAAAAAAUCAAAUGUAGAAGAAGAAGCUAGGAAAAAUAAAAUAAAUGUUUUUUAUUAUGACAAGUUCAAAAAUACAAUACAUCAGUUAAAAAAUAAAUUAUUUGAUCUUUGUAUUUCUAUUUCUUUUGGAGAAAUAUUUAAUAGCUCAUUUUUUAAAACAGUCAAUUCUAAUAUUUUUUCUUUACAUCCGAGUUUGCUCCCAUUAUAUAAAGGUGCUUCACCAAUUCAAAGAAGUUUAUUAAAUAAUGAAUCAAUAUUUGGUUACACAGUUUUCUUAACUAAUCUACGCAUAGAUGCAGGAACUACAUUAAUAAAAAAAUCUUUUCACUUUGAUGAAACUUUUAAUUUUAAUGAUAUAAUCACUAUCCUCUUUACACUAGGUACUUUACAUUUAAUAAAAAAUAUUUUCUUUUUGGCAAAUUAUAAUAAUUUUAUUCAUAAGGAAAGACUAGUAUAUGAUAUAUUUUGUAACUCCUUUUCUACUCGAGUAAAUAAUGAAUAUACAGAAAAUAUCAAAUGUUCAUAUGCUAAUAAAAAAGGGGUUUUCCCAAUGUUAUCCAGUGUAAAUUCAGAACUGAGUGGCGUCAAUUGCCCCCAUCCUAGAUGUUUCCCCACGAGCUCAUAUAACAAUAGUGGUAGUGGUGAUAGUAGUAGUAGCAGUAGCAGUAGAAGUAGAAGUGAUGAACAUACCAGCGGUAGUUGUAGCUGUAACGGACAAAGUAAAGACAACAAGAAUUACGCCCCUAAAAUAAAAGCUGAAGAAAAGUACGUUUGCUUCUUUUGCUCCUCAUCCAUGUAUAUUCACAAUAAAGUAAGGGGUUUUAUAAACUGGCCCAAAGCAGAAUGCUCUCUUUUUUUAUAUCAGAAUAAUGCAAUUAAAAAAAUUGAAGUCAAACUAAUUAAAACAUCCUACGAUUUAUAUGUUAAUAAUAAUAAUUAUGCAUUUCGGAAAUUUCAUAAUUCGCUUGAAGGUCAUAAAUGUUUUGAUAAUGUUCCCAGAAAAUUUGCAAUCCUCGAUAAAAACUCCAUAAACAUUCAGUGCAAAGAUAAUACUUUGUUAAGAAUUUAUAAAUUACAACGAAAAAAUAAAAAAAUUAUGGAUGCCAUGUCCUUCUUUAAUAGUAUUAAUAAAGUAUAUCUGCUGUACUAG